AUGCCCACCGUCCAGACGCACCCGCUCUCGGAAGCGACGCACCCCGCGUCGGCCGUGCACAGCAAGGGGGCGACCACAGAGUGGGUCAGCAAGCCCAAGCCACUGGACGGGGAAUCCGCGGCAGAGCAGGUCGACACCAUGUUCGUCCAGCUGCCCGGAUUCGACGAGGUGGUGCAGGUGGACGUCGCUUCUUUCCUCAAGAACGAGGGCGUGCAGGUGGUGCCCUCGAUGAUGGGCUUCGUGUUCUGCAAGGACCAGCCCCUGUCGACGCUCGUCGGCACGCAGCCGGCCAACAUCCUCGGCGACCGCUUCUCGCACCCGCCCGACCACCGCAACACCAUCCCGGCCGACUCCGCUGAGGCCUUCUUCGAGGGCAGCGACGUGCGGAAGAACCCGCGGACGCUCCUCCGCAAGGUCAAGCAGGCCAACUCGGACAAGCCCUCGGAGCCCGCCUCGGACCACGGCCAGCAGCCCGUGGUGUCGCCGGAGCUCCCGCCGCCCAACCCGGCGCUCAAGGGUGUGCGCCACGGCGCCGACGGGCGCUUCAUCUCCCUGGGCGCGCCGCGCCCGAAGAAGGAGCGCGUCCACAUGCAGCAGGGCGAGUACGGGCGCAACUCGUACGUCGCGCUGGACCCCGUGCUCGCGCGCCUCGCGCGGGGCAACAAGCGCGCCAAGGCCCGCGCCGAGGCCGCCGCGGAGGCCGCCGCCCUCGCCGCCGAGAAGGAGGCGGCGGCGCUGGCCAAGAUGGACCCGGAGGCGCGCGCGGCGGCGGAGGAGGAGGCGCGGGUGCGGCAGGAGCGGCGCGAGGCGAAGCUGAAGGAGCGCGCGGAGAAGGAGCGGCUGCGGCGGAUCCGGAUGAAGCAGGCGCAGCAGCGCGCGCAGCAGCGCGCCGUGCAGAACCGCGAGGCCUCGCGCGACGAGCGGCGGCAGCUCACGGCCGACCACAUGGCCAUUCUGCAGCAGAGCCAGGACCUGAAGACGGUCGAGCGGCUCCUGCAGCAGCAGGACGCGCUCAGCGCCGCGCACUCGGACCGCAACCUGCUGUACCAGCACCAGAUGCAGCUGGAGAAGCUGAAGCACCACCUGCGGCUGCAGGAGAUCGAGAUGCAGCAGCUGCACGCGCAGCACACCGCGCAGCGCCCCGCCUCGGCCUCGGCGGCCCUCACGCAGCACCUCCUGGCCCGCGAGCAGCAGCAGCGGCGGCAGGAGGCCGCGGCGCAGGAGCGGCAGCGGCACGCGGCGGCGGCGGCGGCGGCGGCGCAGCGGCGGCAGCAGGAGCAGGCGGCCGCGGCGGCGGCGCAGCGGCGGCAGGCGCAGGCGGGCCUGGUGGCGCAGAUCCGCCAGUACCAGGAGGCGCAGGCACGGCGGCACGAGGACCCGCAGCGCGCGGCGCUGAUCGCGCAGGCGCAGGCGCUGCUGGGGUCGCCCGGCGGGGGCGCGGACCACGAGCUGCGGCGCAUCGUCGAGCGGCUGUCGGGCGCGCCGGAGCAGCCCCACGGACACGCUGCGGACUUCAUGCCCGGGCACCCCUCGUCGCGCGGCGGGGCGGACAUGGGGUCCUCGCUCAACCGGUACUGGUAG